UGCCAUCUUCAUUCACCUGACCAAGGAUCAUAACAUAUCUUACACGGUGGUUUAUAGAUGACAACUCCAUUAAAACGCCCCUGCCAUUCACGGUUUCAUUAAUGAUAAAAAUAUUAUAGACGUGGCGCUAUCAUAACCGAGCUCUCAAGAAUGGCUGCAAUCUACAGUCUCUACAUCAUUAACAAAUCGGGCGGCUUGAUUUUUUACAAGGAUUAUGGAUCAGCUGGACGAAUGGACACUAAUGAUAGCUUGAGAGUGGCCAGUUUAUGGCAUUCAAUGCACGCGAUCUCUCAACAGUUAUCGCCGACUACUGGUUGUUCGGGCAUCGAACUCCUUGAAGCGGAUACUUUUGAUCUCCAUUGUUUCCAAUCACUUACCGGGACAAAGUUCUUUGUGGUCUGUGAACCUGGAACGCAGCAGAUGGAGAGUCUUUUGAAAGUUAUUUAUGAAUUGUACACAGAUUACGUCCUUAAGAAUCCCUUUUAUGAAAUGGAGAUGCCCAUUCGAUGUGAGCUAUUUGACAUCUAUCUAACCCAGGCUAUACAGGAGGAACGUGUUGCCUUGUUAGGGCGAUGAAUUGUCCAUGAACAUUGAUCUCACUUACAAUAUUUUGUUAUGUAAUUUUGACUUGUUAUCUUUGCAAUAGCCAGAAACUCAAGCUUAGUUCA